UGCAUAUGGAAAAAUAGUUCACCUCAAUCAUGUGUGGUGGUUUGAUGUAGUAGCGACGCUAAAAUGCGUUCAGCCUGGAACGUAUGAUGUUAUCUGGAGAUUCAAGGUUGAUAGAAUAAACAUUGGCUUGGAUGGGUUAAAUUUUAAGACACAAGUUCUAGCUAAUAGCUACGAGGAUUCAGAUACUUCUGAAAUGGUUGUUCAAGAAAAAAAUCACGUAGUAGGUUCUAAUGUAUUUAAAAGAAUUAAAUCAAAACGACUCUGGGCCGAGUAUUGCUUACCAUACCAAAUUGAUGUACCUAAAGAAAGGAUUGUUGAUGGAGAACACGUUUGGUAUGACGUUAGAUGUAAAAUAUACAACCAUGAUGGAUUUCCGAAAUGCGGUUUGAUGGGAAGGGAACACGAAAUCUUAGAGGAUAAUCAUGGUGAGGGAUACGAUCAAAUUACUCGAGAACUUCAAGAUCGUGUUGCAUUUUGA